ACUUUACUACCAUGCUGUACUCCGGCUCCGAAGCAUGUCGUAAUCCCUCUGUCCCUCUGUCCGUCUCUCUCCUUCCUCCCUGUUCUCCAACAUUGGGAAGCAUCUAAAAUAAGGAGGAAGAAGAAGAAGAUAAGAGUUCCAUCAGAGCAGGAGGGUACGCCUGGUCCCGAAUCGUUUUCACUUGCUCCUCACUCCCCUGCUCAGAAAAGCCCUGCUCACUUGCUUCUCUCUCUGUCAUGCCGUCAUGAACUCUUCACCUUCCUCCUUUCUCUUUUUCUGAAGCAGAAUAAGAUGGCCUUUCGGUGUUAAUUGUACGAAGCCCGUUUAAAAUAGCCGAAGCCGAAAAGCAUGGCUUUUGGGGACGACGAUGAUCUGCCUAACGAGGCGGUACAAAUAAGGAGGGCCGACCAUUCAAAGCAGAGCAUCGGCUCACCCAACGUCACCAAGACCAGCCUGGCCUCCAUCGAGUCCUUGACCAUGCCUCUUAUGCAGGAGGUGGUUCUGUCAGCUGAUAUACGAUGUGUAGAGUGCCAAAAGCGAGUUGCCGAUGUUAUGUCUCGCAUGACUGAAACAGAGUCCGUCGUGGUGAAUGUGCUGGAGAAGAAGGUGACCCUCUCCUGUAAAUAUCCCAACAACCAAAAUGGCGUCAACGGUCCCCGACGGCCGCAGGUCCCCGUCGUUUACCGAAACCCUCUCAGGCUCAACAAGGUCGCCACGAUCAAACGGCUCUUUCGUUUCUCCUCCAGCUGAAUGUACAGAUCGAGAUCAUUGGUCACCAUGUCCUGAGUUGUCGAAUUAAACACAGAUGCAUGAAUCACAGGGUCAAUUUUGUUUGAGA